UUUGGGGGAGGAAAAUACAGACAAGUGGAAGGAUAAUGUGUGAAAAGAAACUGUGAAGGAUGUCUGGAAAGUCAAGGAGGUUAACCGAUGUCGACUCUGCGAAACAAUUUCCAGAAGAUGUUAAAAUUGUCCCGUGGAAUGAAUGGUCGGAUUCAGAGCUCAACGUGGAGAAGUGGGAUAGCCCUAAAAGUAAUAUUUAUUUUUCUUUCCUAUCGAUUAAUGUGACUUGGUAAUAAGAAAUGUUUUUUAUAGGUCCCGAUGAUGGGUUCUUUUGGGAUACAGAAACAGUGAUGAUGCCUCCAUCUCUAAGUGUUCAUAAAUGGAUAAGAGCUCGCGAGUUGGCAAACUUAUCGGCGCCUCCAACUGUAUUUGUGCCUGGAGGUGAACAGUUUGAUUUUUCAAGAAACAAUGGCCACAUUCUUCACAGCGAGUUCGCACGGUGGUUCAUAUCGUCAGUGGUCGAUCUUCAAUAUUGUGGUCGAAGUGGAUUGGAAGUUGCUAGCGAAGGUAAUUUCCUUUGGAAUAAUGCGAACCAACCCUGGCAAGGUUGGUUUAAUGUGUACUCUUUAAACAAGGCUGGAAAAGGCGCAGCUCAUCGACCUUCCUUCAAUACACAUGGGAAGUACAUAGUGCGUCUUUUCUUUAUGGGAUGCUGGCGUCGUUUUCUGGUCGACGACAGAAUACCAGUAGACGAGGAAGGGAAACCUCUUCUUCCUUGCACCGCAAACAAUUUUGAGCUGUGGCCGAUGUUGCUUGCGAAGGCACUUUUAAAAAUUGCUUCGCUCUCUUGGACACCAAUAAGGGAAAUUACUGACUUCAGUGUAAUCACCUGCUUGACUGGAUGGUUGUGCUUGUCGUUGGAUGUAACUCAUUUGUCGACUCGGUCCAAGUGGGACUUUCUGAGGAAAUAUGCUGAUCGCUUUGAAUGGUCAUCGCAGACAAUGGACUUCGAUGGCAGAUUUUUGAAUUCUGACGGAGAGAGUCGAAGGAAACAGAUUAAAGAAUCGCAUGAGCCAUCGACAGUUCUUUUCAUCGUAGUCAGUGAGAUGACAAAUCUUUCUUCGGGGAAUGUUCCAAGCACAGCUCCAUGUUCUGGAUAUCUGAUCUACGUAGAGUUGCUGCGGGAUGUUCCCCUCGACCCAGGGGAAGUAAGUUAUCGAAGAAAAAGUGAUGCAGUGGAGGGAUAAAAGAUUGUGUAAAUGCUCA